AUGUUACCGGAGCAAUCCGCCUUUGGCCGGUCUGCAAUGCCUGGUUCCGAUGCUGUCAAUCCUGGCCCAUCUCCGUUUGCUCCUCCUCCUAAUUCCUUCUCUGGUGACUUUCUUGGACUCUCGCUCCCUGACGAAGAGCAUCUCUGGGGUAUGAGUCCUCUCUCUUCCUCCAUGCCCUCGUGGAAUGGAAAGAACGAACAGAUGUUCUCCAAUCCUAACCUUGAACGCGACCUCAAGCACUCCCAUGUCCGCAAUGGCCAGCCUACUCCACCUCCAUACGGUGACAACAAGACUCACACGGUCGGUGAUCUAUACUCGCUGUCUCAGUGCCAAUUCUCCAAUGGAGCACAAAAUUUCCAGACCCAUAACGAUCGUAGAAGCUUCUGUGAGCAGUCGGCCAUAAAUAGCAACGGCGGCAGCUCCAAACGUCGCAAGGUUCGCGACGCCAAGAUGACCCAGGCCGAAUACAACGAACAGCAACAGGAGAAGGCGAAGCGGGAGAAGUUCCUGGAACGCAACCGAUUGGCUGCCAGCAAAUGCCGGCAGAAGAAGAAAGAGCAUACUCAGCUUCUUGAGUCACGAUAUAGGGAGCAGUCUGACAAGAAGGAGCAACUGGUGUCGGAGAUUGCACGCCUGCGCUCGGAGAUUCUUGGCUUGAAGAACGAAGUCUUGAAGCACGCUCAAUGCGGAGAUGAGCCGAUUAAGCUUCAUCUGGCACAGAUGGUGAAGAAGAUUACUUAUAAUGACACAACGGCCCCGGACUUGACCGACGUGCCAGAUGCAGCAUCCUCUUCAGAAGGGCCCAUGACCCCACGACCUCAGCAGGCGCUCUCCUUUGGCUUUGAUGAUCCGCUGCACCUGGAACCAUCGCGUGCUGAUGGGUCCACGGACCACUCCGUCCGUCGGGACUCGGAGGCGUCGGUCCUGACGGAGAACUCUUAUGCUUUUUCGACCGACGAGAGCUUUGACGAUUUGAUCAACGUUUGA